GUGCCGGGCUUGGCUGUGUACUGGGCUGUGCAGAACUAGGGGUAGGAUCUGAGUGUGUUUAUAUAGCCCAGGCAAACCCGCUCUCUGGCCCAUUCCCUCUAAGCCAGAGAAUACAACCCUACCAGGACCGCUGGCAAGGGAUUGUUUAGCAUUUAACAAGAGAGAGAGAGAAAGAGAGAGCGAGACAGAGAAAGAGAGAGAAAACAGAGAGCGAUAGAGAGUCAGAAAGAGAACAUACACAUAUAGAGGAAGCCAGAGAGAUAGAGUGGUCAACAGGGACACAUAGGAGGAAAGAUAGAGAUUGAAAGAAAGAGAAAGAGGUCGAGAGAGAGAGAGAGAAAGAAAGAGUCAAAGAAAUAGGUCUGAGAUAUUAAACACACAAUCCCAUUUACCUCUCUCUCAACAUACUCACACACAUUGUGAGACAGAGAGAAAGCAGACAAAACUCACCACACAAAGUCUCUGACAGAUAGAUAGACCUCAACACAGACAGACAGACGGACAGCAAGCAGCAUGUUUCUGUGGCGGCUCCCCCAGGCAGCGUGUCUGGUGUUGGUGUGUGUGUCGCUGACUCUUGGGUACGAAGACGAUAUAGAGGUGAACUAUGGUGACAGCUACUACAACGAGAUCACAGAGGGAGAGCCACUGGAGCCCACAGCUACCCCAGCCCCAGGACCCUGUAAGGCUACAGACAUGACUAAAUGGGACAAGCUCUUCUCCAUGCUGGAGAACUCUCAGAUGAGGGAGAACAUGCUUCUGCAGUUCUCCGAUGACAUCAUCAAGGUGGAAUUGGGGUCACUGCGUGGAGAGAUGCUAAGGUUCGUGGCUCAGUACGGAGGGGCCUGUGGCGUUGCGGUGGAGACCGCUGGGCGGAGGAUGUCCAUGCAGAUGGAGGCUCGCCUCAGGGAGAGCAUGGAGCAUCUCAGACAGGAUCGAAGCACUGAUGCUGUGAAUUCAGCUGGGAAUAGCCAUCAGGAAAAGCUGUUACAGCAGCUUCUAACUGAAGUGAGGACACAGGCUAUCCAACUUAUCAAGCUGGAAAACAUCUGCCUGAGUAAUCCAGAGGCUAAGGGGGAAAACUUGCAGCAGGAAGUGGCAUCAGCAGAGAUGCUGGUUGCCGUGGUGACAGAGCUGGCGAAGACGAGGGCAGUGCUAGAACUCGCGCUCAAGUCGGCACAGCAACGACACCUGCCUGCAGGCUGUGAGACCGCUCUUCUCUUCCCUAUGCGUUCCCCUCGUAUCUUCUCCUCGGUGACACCAGACCUCCCUCUCUCCCUCUCUUCCUUCACCGUGUGCCUGUGGGCCAAGCCUGUCUCCGUCUCCAACAGAACCGUGCUGUUUUCCUACGGAACCAAACGGAACCCCUAUGAGAUACAGCUCCUUCUUAGCGGAACAAGGGCUCUCUUCACCGUGGGAGGAGAGGCUCACCUGGUGGAGGCACGGGGAGUGGUGAAAGGAGGAGGAGUUUGGACCCACCUAUGUGGGGCUUGGAGCUCUGAGCAGGGCAUAGCGUCACUAUGGGCCGAUGGACACAGAGUGGCAUUCACACCCGGGGUGGCCGAGGGCCACAUGUUACCGGAUGGAGGCUCACUCCAGCUGGGGCAGGAGAAGAACGACGGUGGGGUCUCUGGAGGGUCAGGUGGCAGUGGGAGUCAGAUGCCUGGGUUUGAGGGAGGCUUCGAUGCCAAGUUGGCAUUCGCUGGGAAGAUGACAGGGGUGAACAUGUGGGACCGUGUGCUGACGGAGGAGGAGAUAUCCCAGCUGGCUUUGCAAGACGGCGAGGGGUGUGAGCAGAGGGGGAAUGUAGUUGGUUGGGGCUUGACGGAGAUUGUGCCUCACGGGGGUGCUCAGUUCAUCAACUAACUCUGAUGACGUUUUCAUCAUCAUCAUCAUCAUCAUCAUCAUCAUCGUUUAAAUCAACUCUAUCAACUUCAUCAUCAUAAUCCUCAUCAUCUUCAUCCUAAUCGUCAUCAUUUAAAUUAACUAUCAUUUCCAUCGUUUAAAUCAACUCUACAUCUUCAUCAUCAUCAUAAUCAUCAUCAUUUAAAUGAACUAUCAUUUUCAUCAUCAUAAUCAUCAUCAUUUAAUUGAACCAUCGUUUUCAUCUUGUAAAUGAACUUUCAUCAUUUAAAUUAACUAUCAUCAUCUUCGUCGUCACCAUUAUAAACUAACUCUGCUGCCCUAAGACCUGCAGUGCAGAACAGCCCGACCGGCUGAGACUGCAACAACAAUGUGAACAUGAACAACAACACCAGCUCUCUUUAAUGGCUAAAGAGACUGGAGAAGAAUGUGCCCUGUUAGAGUGUGUGAGUGUUUCCCAUUUAGAGAAGCAGUGAUAACACACAUACACACACACACACACACACACACACACACACACACACACACACACACACACACACACACACACACACACACACACCCACACACACACACACACACACACACACGGUGAGAAGCAUUAGUAUACAUAGUCUAAGGAGUAGAAGUGGAACAAACAUCAUUUACCACAGAUAUAAAGAGAAAAAUGAAAAGGAAAGAACAGAGGUGAGAGAGACAAAAAGAUGCUUUGGGUCAACUGUCACAAAACCAGUCAGCAAGUGUCAUCACUAGAUGGCCAUGCUAGAGAGGACCAAAUUGGCUAUAUCAUCAGCAGUGCAAGUAUGUUAGCUGUUUGUUAUUAAUGGAGUGUUAGGGUUAAGGGGUAAGGUAAAUGAGAAAGGGUUGAGGUUUGGGUUAGUUGUUAAAGUGGAAUUUCUGGCAAAAAAAACACUUUACCUUUGUCCUCUCUAGCAUGGCUACGUAGUGACAACUAUCUGCAAGCUGCCAUAGGAGGUUUUAAUCAUUCUAUUACCUUAUAAUCUUAUGCUUCCGGCAAAAGCUAAUUUUUUUCCAAGCGUUGUUUCCAACUUUGUAUUUAUCAAAGUGUUUACAUUCAGAUGUGAAAAACAUAAUAUUUUUGUUGUUUUAUGUUUUGCUUAGUUUUCCAUACACCCAGAGGUCUUUCCAUACACCCAGAGGUCUUUCCAUACACCCAGAGGGCUUUCCAUACACCCAGAGGUGUUUCUAUACACCCAAAGGUCUUUCCAUUCACCCAGAGGUGUUUCCAUACACCCAGAGGUGUUUCCAUACACCCAGAGGUCUUUCCAUACACCACCCAGAGGUAUUUCCAUACACCCAGAGGGCUUUCCAUACACCCAGAGGUGUUUCUAUACACCCAGAGGUCUUUCCAUACACCCAGAGGUGUUUCCAUACACCCAGAGGUCUUUCCAUACACCACCCAGAGGUCUUUCCAUACACCACCCAGAGGUGUUUCCAUACACCCAGAGGUGUUUCCAUACACCCAGAGGUGUUUCCAUACACCCAGAGGUCUUUCCAUACACCCAGAGGUGUUUCCAUACACCCAGAGGUGUUUCCAUACACCCAGAGGUCUUUCCAUACACCACCCAGAGGUCUUUCCAUACACCCAGAGGUGUUUCCAUACACCCAGAGGUGUUUCCAUACACCCCGAGGUCUUUCCAUACACCCAGAGGUGUUUCCAUACACCCAGAGGGCUUUCCAUACACCCAGAGGGGUUUCUAUACACCCAGAGGUGUUUCCAUACACCACCCAGAGGGCUUUCCAUACACCCAGAGGGGUUUCUAUAUACCCAGAGGUGUUUCCAUACACCACCCAGAGGUCUUUCCAUACACCCAGAGGUCUUUCCAUACACCCAGAGGUCUUUCCAUACACCCAGAGGUCCUUCCAUACACCCAGAGGGGUUUCCAUACACCCAGAGGGCUUUCCAUACACCCAGAGGUCUUUCCAUACACCCAGAGGGGUUUCCAUACACCCAGAGGGCUUUCCAUACACCCAGAGGUCUUUCCAUACACCCAGAGGGGUUUCCAUACACCCAGAGGGCUUUCCAUACACCCAGAGGUCUUUCCAUACACCCAGAGGGGUUUCCAUACACCCAGAGGGCUUUCCAUACACCCAGAGGUGUUUCUUCUCCUUGAAAUGGGUGCCAAUGGAUGAUGCAAUAAGAUUACUUGGUCCCUGUUUGUUUCACAUCUCAUUUGAGACAGAAACACUUGAUUUGAAAAGCGGAACUGUGGACAAUUUUUACAGAAUCUGUUACAACGAUCUCUGCUCUUUGUUAACGUAUUAGGCAAUGUGUAUCAUAUUGUAAAUUGUUUUGUGUUUUUGUCAAGAAGUAAAAAUGAAUGUAUUUUGUAUAUAAAUAUUUUUUGGCAUACAGUAUGACUAAAAAUGGAGAAUAAACGAGAAACGAGAAUAAAAUGACAUGUUAACAUUAA